UUUUUCUAAUGCCAAGAAGGCAUACAGAUUUGGCAGAUUUCCCCUGGAGAUCCGGAAGAGUUCGUGGUCCAUCUCGGAUCAGCACGGACACUGACCAAUACCAAGUUCGUGGGUGAACAGGUGGUCAAGUAAGUGGUAAAAUGGCGAAAAAGAUGAAAGGACACGAAAAAGAUGACGACGAUGAUGACUACAUUAAAAAGAAACCUGGUCCAAACGAUCUCAAUGGACUCGCUCCUCCUGAUGGAGGAUGGGGCUGGGUAAUUGUUUUAGCAGCAGGCUUAUCAAAUUUUUGCUGCCUCCCGUUGAUUCAGUCCUUUGGAUUAAUCUUCAGGGAUCGUUUCAAGGAUCUUGGCAUCUCGUCCUCGCAAACAACAACCAUACUUAAUAUAAAUACUGCAGUUACAGCAUGUCUAGGAUUGGCAAAUGGACCGAUUUUUCGGAAGUUCAGCUACAGAAAGGUUAAUCUCUUAGGUGCUUUUCUGAUAGCCACAUCUAUCACCGCGCUAUCGACGAUGAAAAAUUUCGCCGGCAUCCUUGUCUUCUUUUCUGUGCUAUAUGGUAUCGGAUUAGGCUUCACUAUGUCCUCCAACUCGCUCGCCUUGAAUACUUACUUUAAGAAAAGAAGAAGAGUCGCGACUGGACUUUGUUGGACCUUAACAGGAUUGGCGCCAAUCGUCAUGCCCCAGUUUAUCACUGUACUCAUGCCGAUAUUUUCGGUGGAGGGUACAAUAAUGAUAUUUGGUGGUCUCGCUUUCAACGCCAUCGCUUGUGGUCUUCUUUUGCAACCAGUAAGAUGGCACACCAAGAAGGAAAUCGAAGAUCAAGUCGACUUGGAACAAGCUCCGGAGAAGGGCGUACAAGUCGAGGAGAAGAAUUUCCUCAACGAAAAUCGGAGCAAGUCUUUGGAAAACUUUGUUGCGAGACGUCGGUCGGUUUCUGGAGAUCGUACAAACUCAAAAUCAAAAUUUGGCAGCCAAUAUUUGUAUUACGAUGACGAAGUUUCCGGAGCUUCCGGACUCGACGUUAUUGGCCCUGGUACUCCGAUGAUGUCGAGAUCAAAUGACGGAUGGUUUUCCAGAAAUCUGACAUCUUCGACAUCAUUAGCUUCGUUUAAGAAUUCCAAAAGAGAAACCUCACAGAAAAAUCUGAGCCGAUGCCAUUCUUCGAAUUCGAGCCAGUCCAGAGAAUUAAAUCAUCAUUCGAGUUGCAGAAACUUAAGCAGGAACCAUAUUGAACCAGAAGGCCGUAAGCGAACUAUCUCGACACAAAGUUCGCAUUUAAUGGUUGUCAAUGAAUCAAAUGAAACUAAAUUGAAAACCGAUUCCGAAAAUGAAAGUCUAUCGGAAGACGAAAACUCGAUUGAGAAAACGAAUUUGAUGAAUGGCUGCGAAAAUAAGGUCUCAUUAGGGCAAUUUUCGGCGGGUGUGCAAGAAAAAUCCAGGACAAAUGUAACCGAAUCGUGGAUUAAACGAUUUGCUCGAGUUCUGGUGAUAUUUUUCGACUUGAAUCUUUUGCGUGACAAGGUUUACGUAAAUUUAAUGCUCGGAAUUAAUUUCGCACAUUUGGCGGAAAUUAAUUUUUCCCUGUUAACGCCAUUUAUCCUCAGUGAUUACGGAUUCACAAAGUCGCAAAUCGCUACGACGAUGUCAGUCCUGGCAAGCGUGGAUGUGAUCUGUCGACUAACAAUCCCUUUCGUGACGUCUUAUAUCAACUGGGGAAACAGAACUUUUUACCUGAUCGGAAUUAGUACCAUGGCUGUUGGUCGAAUCAUAUUAGCGCACGUCCGGGACUUCGGAAUUACCAUAGCAAUCGCCGUUCUUAUCGGGGCUGGGAAAGCUCUGAGGACGAUUUUCAUGGCACUAGUAAUUCCAUCUCACGUCCCUCUGGAGAGAUUACCAGCAGCUUCCGGUCUUCAGCUGGUGACUAGUGGCAUCAUAUUCUUGACAUUUGGUCCAUUUGUCGGUUGGAUAAGAGAUUCAACGUCAAGUUUUACCGCCACCCUGCACUGCCUCAACGUCCUGACUUUUCUCACGGUGAUAUCCUGGACCAUCGAGGCCUUCUGCACAAAAAGGAAAGAAAGAGCUUCAGCUGUGACGUAGUUUUCCCAGUUCAACAAGCGCAAUGAGUCCAGUACAAAAUUUGACAGUUGUACUUACCGCGGAU